AUGGCCAGCAUCACAACCUAGCUCCGUGACCUUGAGUGAGUGGCUGAACAUUUCUGAUCCUCACGUACCUCAUCUGCAAGUGAGAGGCAUAGAUCUCACUCGCGAUGGCAUCAGCAGCAUUGACGAUGUGAACCUAGUGAUCAGUGACCCGGGUGACCAGCAGAGCCGCUGACAAGACUAUCCCUCUCUUCCUGAUAGAGGAGAAUACAGCUAAUCCGUGCAGGUGACAAAGAUACAGAACAGCAGCGUGGCACUGCAUUGUCUGGAACUCAGACUCCUUUUUCCCUGGCGUUGUAUAAGUCUGGUGUGUUCUGGCCACACGCUUCCCUCGCCACCUCUUAGCUAUUCGAAAACCUCCAGCUUCACCUUCCCGGCUAGACCCCCGGGCUGGGCGGAGCUUCUAGCUCUAACUGGACCCCCAUGGAUCCACUCCAGAAAUGGAACCCAGCAUUGGUUUCCGGAUCUUCCCAGGUGACCGCUGGGGAGAACUCGCAGGAGGGCACGGCAGCCUCUCAGCCUUCUUCCUCGGAACAGCUAAUGAUGGGCCUCAGCGGCCUGAACCCCAGUCCUGGUCCUGGCCUCCCUUCCCCUCUGCCAGAGGGGCUGUUCCAGCAGCAGUACAGGGAGGAGAAGACCCUGCGGGAGCGGCGCUGGGAGCGGCUGGGCUUCCCUCAGAGGAAGAAAGCAUUCCUGGGCCACCUGAGACGCAGGCACCGCGAUCACAUGGCACCUUACCCAGUGGAAAGGGAGACCAGGGUCUACCCCACAGGCGACAGAGCUCAGAAUCGGUUCCGAUGUGAAUGUCGCUACUGCCAGGGCCACAGGCCGAGUAUUUCUGGGCUCUCUGGCGAGAGGAAUGGGGCCCCCAACCCUUCCUCCUGGGAAACGCUAGUGCAGGGCCUCAGCGGCUUGACCCUCAGCCUGGGCACCAACCGGUCUGGCCUUCUGCCAGAAGGGGCACAGCAGCAGCAGCAGGAGCAAGAGGAGAAGUGCCAACUGGAGAAACAGCAGGAAAGCAAGAGAAUGUUCCAGAGGCUGCUCAAGCAGUGGUUGGAAGAAAACUGAGAGCCCCCUGCCCCCUUUCAUGGGGCGGAGACCUGAAGGGAUUCAGACAGUGCUGUGUUGCCAGCUCCUGGGGGUGGGCUCCUUCUGGGGACCAAACAGUCAGCUGUUGUUGGAGGAGUCCCAAGACUAGUUGUGUGACUGGAUGGAUUCCUAUUGGCGUGAGAUUUGACCCACUCCCAGGGAGGUCCUCCUCUUCCUGCCUGUCAUCUGUGAAGCGCUGUGAGGCACCCUGGGGCAAGGGAGACUGCACACCAGUGGACCUCACCUCAUCCCAUAUGGCUCCCAUGCCGCAUGUUGUCGCUUUCCCAGCCUGGAUCUGCGUCUUUGCUCCCUACCUUGUUGUCAGUAAGAUAUAAGAUGUCUAUGUAGUGUGAAUGCCUUGUUCAUGUCCUUGUGCUUUUGUGCCGUUUUAUCAACUGCCUCCUGGGAGCAGUGCUAGGGCUGUUUGAAAUGGCGGUGCGCAACACUGAGAUCCAGGUUCAAGAAUCUGCAGCUAAACAAAGUGUGGGAAAGGGAUGUGGCAUUGGAACUUGGUGGCUCACUAUUGUA